GGAGGCUCAUACUGAAUUAAGCCGGGUUUUGCUAUAAAAUGCCGGCACUUAAUGCCAUCUCUGGAAGGUAGAGGAAAAGAAUUGCAAAACUAUAAUGUUAAUCCUCACACCAAAAUACUAUAUUACUAUAUAAAGAUUCCCGUUCGAGAAAGGUCCAUUUUAAUUCAGGUAGAGGGAGACUCACACACCCCGCACAACUCGAGAGAAGGGCUGAGAGGUUUGUACUGUAACCCUACAGCCCCAAGGGGGCUUUUACCUGGGAAUAAGCACCGCCCGGCCCGGUGGACCUUACUUCCGAGUAAACACGCAGCAGAGCGCCGCUCGGCUGCUCCGUCUGAGGGCAGCAAUUUGUCUUCCUCGUCAGGCAGGCCGGAGACGCUGCCCUCCCCUCAGCCGAGGUGCGGAGUUCAUCGGGAAGUCUUGACAAGCCACCCGUCGGGCCGGUCGCGCCACUCGCGGGCGCCUCCUUUCCCCCACCAGCAGCCUCUCCGGCCUCACAGACUGCGCAACGCACCUGUCCUGGGCGGAGGCGGCGGAUGAUAAGGAAGGGAGGGCGGGCCAAGCCUACGGGCAAGUGCAGCGGAGGAAAGCCUUCCCGCUUCCUCCCGGGCCGGCUGAUACGCGAAAAGUGCUGCUGAGCCUAGGAAGCCGGUGUUGAGCGUCGCCCUCGGGCCCAGCGGGGUCUGUGUGCCCGUCACCAUCGCCUGCGGAGGAGCCGAGUGGGCAGCCCACGCGAGACGAUGCGGGCCGGCUGCAACAAUUUUAUUAAGUUAGUUGGGUUUAUUUUCGCAUCUGUCUGUGCCUGGUACUUUGGAUCCCUAUUGGCAUAUAUGAUACCUGAAGACUCACUGAUAUCAACUUAUGACAAUCUUCAAAAUCUUGCAGAAAAACCAAAAGUGAAAGCGCCACCCCCCAAAAGACAGAAAUGUGACCACUGGACUCCAUGUCCACCCGGAAGUUAUGCUUAUCGCAUGGUCAGUGGUGGUGGCAAGGACAAGUUUGCUAAAAUCUGUUUUGAGGAUGAACUACUCAUGAGUGAAGAUAAAGGAAAUGUUGGAAGAGGAAUAAACAUUGCUAUUGUGGACUAUAUUACUGGAAAUGUUGUUGAUACAAAAAAUUUUGACAUGUACGAAGGAGAUUUCUCUGGAUCAAUGGCUGCUUUCAUCAAAAGUGCCCCCCAGAAAUCCCUGCUCCUGAUGGUGACCGAUGAUGACGGAAGCACAAAAUUAAAGGAAGAUGGGAAAAAGGCAAUAUCUGAACUAGGAAGUAAAGAAGUGCGGAAUCUGAGAUUCCGGUCAAGCUGGGUGUUCAUUGCCGCAAAAGGUUUUAAGCUGCCAGAAGACAUAGAAAAGGAAAAGGUCAACCAUUCUGAUAAGAAUAAGAACCGAUACAAUGGCUGGCCGGCUGAAAUCCAGAUAGAAGGCUGCAUUCCGAAGAACCUGGGAAGCUGAAUUCUGAACUUAUGUCAGCAAAGUAAUGCAUUCUAUGAUUAAAACAUGUCUCUUGUAUGGAACUUUGUUCCAUAGGUUGAAUUUAAAUGUUCAUAACUGUACACCAGACAAGACUCGGGUCCCAUGGAAUGUCAGUUCUUGCAGACAGUUCCUCUCUUUAUGGGCCUUAAAUAAGCACAGUUGUUCUUCCUAUGAAUGUUGUUAUGUUAUCGAUUAAGAAAAAUUAAUUGGUUUUUAAGUUGCAAGAUUAUUGCAAGCCGUAGAAUUUUUUGAGUAUUAUCUCCAUUUUCAAGUGUGAUUGAAAAGGCUAACUUCUCAAAUCCAACAACCAAACUAGGGAAUGAAGCUUGUGGGUGGAUUUUCUGUCCAGCUCCUCACGAGUCUCUUCUUCCUUUCCUUGAAAUACUGUACUUUUCAGCCAAAUCUAGUCCUUAAACUACUGGUUUCCUGGUUUUACAAUUUAUACUUGAAUGUUUUUAUAUAUUUGUUUUCUAAUUAUACUUGAAACAAUAAAAAGUUUUUGUUUUUAAAUUCA